AUGGGCGGCGACUCCGAUGACGAAGUGGGCAGCGGCAGCGAGAGCAGCGGCGGCUUCCUCAGCCCCUCUGAAGGCGAGGACAGCGGCAGCGAGGCCGAGGAGCCCCAGCCGCAAGCCAAGAAACGGCGCGUGGAUGGCAGCGAGUCGCUGGGCCUGGAGCUGGUGACGGGCGCGCUGCACCACGGCGGCUGCGGGGCGCCUGCUGCCACGGCGGCCCACAUUGACGCCAGCGAGGAGGCGGCGGCCAGCCUGAUGCAGCUGGAGGUUGAGGAGCUGCUGAAGGAGGCACGCCCUGACCACGGGCUGGAGGCAGCGCUGCUGGAGCUGGUGCGGUCGCUGGCGGCGCUGCUGCGCGCGCUGCCCGACGCCGAGGUGGCGCCGGAUGCGCGGGAGGCCGCCGCCGUCCGCGGCUUCCUGUCGGAUCUCGCCUUCCAGCCGGUGGUGAGCCGGCGCCCGUUUGUGUUCCGCGCCCCCACCCGCGUGCAAGUGGUGGGCAGCUUUGGGCUGCGCGCCGCGCUGCGCCCCUCGCCCUGCCUGGACCUUUCGCUGCUCAUGCCCGCCGCCUGCUUCGACAGCAAGGACCAGCUCAACCACAGGUACUUUGCCAAGCGGGCGCUCUACCUGGCGCACGUGGCGGCGGCGCUGCGGGGCCACCCGCAGCUGAGCGGCGUAGGGUGGGAGUGCCUGGCCGACGACCCUCGCCGCCCAGCCCUGGUGCUGCACCCGCGGCAGACACCGGGCGGCUUCUGCAUCCGCCUGCUGCCGGCGGCGCCGCCGGAGCUGUGCCCGCUGCCGCGCCUGGCGCCAGACCGCAACAACCUGCGCACGGCGGUGGCGCCGCCGGCGCCGGCGCCAGCUGCCCCGCCCGCGGCGGCGGCGGCGCCGGCGGCAGCAGCAGCAGCAGCAGACGGCCAGGUCGGCGGCGUGGCCGGCAAAGCAGGCAAGGGUGGCAAGGGCGGCAAGGCGGCCAAGGGUGCCAAGGGAGGCAAGCAGCCGCAGCAGCCCAACGGGAAGGGGAAGGUGGCGGUGGCAGCAGAGGCGCCGGCGCAGCCGGCGGAGCCGCGGCUGCUGCCCACGCCGCACUACAACACCUCGGUACUGCAGGACCUGCUGAUGAUGCCGCUGGCGGAGGAGUGCCGGGUCGCCGCCGCCAGCUGCCCCCACUUUGCGGACGCGGCGGCGCUGCUGCGGGUGUGGGCGCGGCAGCAGCAGCUGAGCCAGAGCGCCGACGGGCUCGGCGGCUGCGUGCUGACCCUGCUGCUGGUGCACCUGGUGCAGGGCGGGCAGGCGACUGCCUCCAUGUCUGCCAUGCACCUCUUCCGUGCGGUGCUGGUGACCCUGUCCAGGCCCCGCACCUUCACCCCAGGCCUCUUCAUGCAGCGCCGCGUGCCCGCCAGCGCCGGCGCCGUCCCCCCGGAGGCCAAGGCCUGGCGGCGGGCCUUUGAGGUGGUGUUUGUGGACUCCUCCGGCUGGCUCAACCUGGCGGCGGCGGUGUCCAGGUCGGCGCUGGCGCAGGCGCGGGGCGCCGCCAGCCGCAGCCUGCAGCUGCUCAGCGGCGGCGCCCCCGAGGCCUUUGGCGCCGUGUUCCUGGCGCGGCAGCAGCGCGCCGCGCUCUGCGACUACUGGUUCCAUGUGGCGCUGCCCGGCGGGGCGGCGGCGGCGGGCAGCGGCGGCAGCGGCGGCGGCGGCUGCCAGGACCUGCAGCAGGACCAGCCCGCCUGGCGGUCUGUGGAGCAGCGGGUGGAGGCGCUGGCGGCCAAAGCGCUGGGCACCCGCGCGCGCCUCGUGCGAGCCUUCCGCCGCACCCUGCAGCAGCAGGCGGCGGGCAGCGGCGCGGCGCCGUUUAGGAGCGGCGCGGCGCGGCCGGAGCAGCGGCACGUGCUGCUCGGGGUGCAGGUGGAUGCCACCGCAGCGCUUCGCUCCAUCGACCUCGGGCCGCCCGCAGACAAGGUGGAGGCGGCGCGCGCCUUCCGCGCCUUUUGGGGCGACAAGGCCGAGCUGCGGCGCUUCCAGGACGGAGCCAUCGCCGAGGCGCUGAUGUGGGAGGGGGAUGCCGCGCACCGACACCUCGUAGUGGACAGCAUGGUCAGCUACAUCCUGCGCCGCCACCUGCCAGCUGGCGCCAGCGUGGCCUGCCACGCGGGCGUGCUGGAUGCGGCGCUGCGCCGCAAGCACAGCACUCCCGAGGCGGACGUUGCGGCGGCGCGCCUGUGCGAGGCGGCGGCGGAGCGGCUGGGCAAGCGGCUGCGCAGCCUCGCCUCCGACUCGCUGCCACUGCGGGUGGUGGCGGUGCAGGCGCUGGCGCCGGUGCUGCGCCACGCGGCCGCCUUCCCGCCGCUGCCGCAGCUGCUGACGGGGGCUGCCGCCGACACGCUGGUCGGCGACCACGUGGCUCGAUGCCUGCAGCCUGUGGAGCUGCUGUGCCAGCUGGAGGGCUCAGGCAAGUGGCCCGACAGCCCGGAGGCUUUCCACAAGAUGAAGGCGGCCAUGGGGUGCCAGCUGGCGCAGCAGCUGCACAGCGCGCUGGGCAUGCACGCGGCGGCGGCCGAGGGCUGGGUGGAUGUGCUGUCCGAUGGCUUUGCCUUCCGCCUGCUGCUGGCCACCGAGCGCGACGCGGCGAUGCAGCAGAAGGCGCUGCAGCUGGGCGGAGGGCAGCGGGUGGCUGCCGAGGAGGACAUGCCGCUGCGCACCUGGCACCAGGGCGCCAUCUCGGGCGUGGCUGGAGAGAACCCGGCCUUUGAGCCGGCGGCGCGGCUGGCCAAGCGCUGGGUGGGCGCCCACCUGCUGAGCCCCCACCUGGGGGAGGAGGCGGUGGAGCUGCUGCUGGCGCACUGCUUCACGGCGGGAGGGCGGCCCGCGGGCGGCGGCGGCGGCGGCGGCGGCACGACCGCGGUGGCGGCCGCGCCGGCCCCCGCCUCGCGCCUCUCCGGCCUGCUCCGUUUCCUGCAGCUACUAGCCGACCACCCGUGGCGCGUGCAGCCGCUGAUUGUGGACCCCAACGGAGAGCUCAGCGUGGCGCAGCGUGACGCCAUCGUGCGGCAGCACGCCGCCGCGCGCGCCGCCAGCGCCGCCCCCGCGCUGUGCCUCCCCACGCCCCGCGACGCCGCCGGCGGCGCCUGGACCGCCGGCCGCCCCGGCGCGCAGGUGCUGCACCGCAUCGCAGUGCUGGCCCACCGCUCGGCGGCAGCCCUGGAAGCGCUCCUGCUGGGCGACGGCGCCGCCUCGCCAGCGGCGGCGGCCGACGGUGGCGGAGCAGCGGCCCAGGAGGCGGCAGCAGCUGCCCAGGCGGCUGCCGCGCAGGCUGUGUUCAGUCGGGACCUGGGCGAGUAUGAUGUCCUCAUCCGCCUGAGGCCUGACUCGCUGCCCAAUGCCGCCAACGACCUGCGCCUAGGCAGGGCCAGCGGCAGCGGUGGCCCCGGCGGCGGCGGCGGCAGCAGCGGCCGUCGGCCGCCACUGGGGCCCGCGCUGCAGGCGGCGAACGAGCAGCUGUCGGCGGCCGCGGCGGCCGCGGCGGCCGCGCCGGGCAGCAAGCACUGCCGAGCGAUACUGAAGGGCAUCCCGCAGAGCGUGCUGGCUGCGCGGGGCCACCACGCUGUGCGGCGCGAGCUGCUGGUGGGCUUCGACCCGCUGCCGCUCUACACACAGCUCCUGCAGCGCCGCCUGGGCCAUCUGGCCGUGGCCUGCGCAGACUACGUCGGCGGCGGCGUGGUGGCGCUCAAGUGGCGCGCAGCCGCGUUUGCCGCCGCCCCGCUGCGUCCCGAGGAAGCGCACCUGGUGUGCCCUACCGGCAGCGCCGAGGCGGGUCCAGCCGAGGAGCUGGCGGGCCGGUGGCAGGCUGCGAGUGGGGAGGCAGGCACUGCCAACGGCAGGAGCCCCCACGGCGAGCCGAGUGCGGCGGCGGUGGUGCCGGAUGUGGUGGGGGUGCUGCGGGAUGCUCUGAGCCUGGGGGCGGGCCUGGUGGAGUCGGUGCAGCUGCAGUGA